AAAACUGUUUCAUCAAAGAGCAACGAUGCAGAGCACUUCAAAUUACCUCUGGCUGUUGUCUGACAUUCUAGGACAGGGAGCUACUGCAAAUGUUUUCCGGGGACGACAUAAGAAAACUGGGGAUUUAUAUGCUGUCAAAGUAUUUAACAGUAUAAGUUUCCUUCGUCCUGUGGAUGUUCAGAUGCGAGAGUUUGAAGUAUUGAAGAAACUAAAUCAUAAGAACAUUGUUAAAUUGUUUGCCAUCGAAGAAGAGACAACAACCAGACACAAAGUACUAGUUAUGGAAUUUUGUCCAUGUGGGAGUUUAUAUACAGUUUUAGAGGAGCCGUCUAAUGCCUUUGGUUUGCCAGAGUCUGAGUUCUUAAUUGUUUUGAGAGACGUGGUGGCUGGGAUGAAUCAUCUCCGGGAGAAUGGAAUAGUGCACCGUGACAUCAAACCAGGCAAUAUAAUGCGUGUUAUAGGUGAAGACGGUCAGUCUGUUUACAAACUGACAGACUUCGGUGCUGCAAGAGAACUUGAAGAUGAUGAACAAUUUGUUUCUCUUUAUGGCACGGAAGAAUAUUUACAUCCUGAUAUGUAUGAGCGAGCAGUUUUAAGGAAAGAACAUCAGAAAAAGUAUGGAGCAACAGUUGAUCUGUGGAGCAUAGGGGUGACCUUUUACCAUGCUGCAACAGGGAGUUUGCCUUUCCGGCCUUUUGAAGGACCUCGUAGAAACAAGGAAGUGAUGUAUAAAAUAAUCACUGGCAAGCCUUCUGGUGCUAUUUCUGGAAUACAGAAAGCAGAAAAUGGACCAAUUGAGUGGAGUUGGGAGAUGCCUGUUUCUUGUAGUCUUUCAAAGGGUCUGCAAGUACUGCUCACACCUGUCCUUGCGAAUAUUCUUGAAGCAGACCAGGAAAAGUGCUGGGGAUUUGACCAGUUCUUUGCAGAGACAAGUGACAUACUGCACCGAAUAAUAAUCCACAUCUUUUCACUACAGCAGAUGACCUUGCAUAAAGUUUAUAUUCACAGCUAUAAUACAGCUGCUAUAUUUCAUGAAUUGGUCUACAAACAGACAAAAAUACCAUCUCAGAAUCAAGAACUGAUAUAUGAAGGUCGGCAUUUAAUACUAGAGCCUGGCAGAUUGGCACAGCACUUCCCCAGAACAACUGAGGAGAAUCCUAUCUUUGUAGUAAGCAGGGAGGCUGUGAACAUUGUCGGAUUAAUCUAUGAAGAAGUUUUACUUCCUAAAGUACACCAACGUUAUGAUUUGGAUGGGGAUGCCAGUAUGGCUAAAGCAGUAACAGGUAUUGUAUGUUAUGCCUGUAGAGUUGCCAGUUCUUUGCUGCUUUACCAGGAGCUGAUGCGAAAAGGAAUACGAUGGCUAAUUGAAGUAAUCAAGGAUGAUUACAAUGAAAUGGUUCAUAAAAAGACGGAGGUUGUCAUCAAGCUGGAUUUCUGCAGCAGAAACAUUGAGAAAGCUGAGAAAAUAUGUGAGAAUUUGAUGCAGAUAAACUUGGAAGCAUCAGAAGUGGAUGAAAUUUCAGAGAUACACACAAAACUGUUGCGUCUCUCCAGCUCUCAGGGCACAAUAGAAACUAGUCUUCAAGAUAUCAAAACCAAACUUUCUCCUGGUGGUUUGCUGUCUGACGCCUGGGCAAAUCAGGAAGGCAUGCAUCCAAAAGACAGAAAUCCAGAAAGGCUGCAGGCGCUGCUAUGUUCCAUCACAGAUAUUUAUUAUCAGUUCAAAAAAGACAAAGCAGAGCGAAGGCUUCCUUAUAAUGAAGAACAAAUUCACAAGUUUGACAAGCAAAAGCUGUAUUUGCAUGCUACAAAAGCCAUAGCUCUGUUCAAAGAUGAAUGUGUCAGCAAGUAUGAUACAUUUUUGGACAAGGCUGAGGACUGGACAAGGAAAAUGCUUCACACAAGGAAGCAGUUACUGGCCCUCACCAACCAGUGUUUUGAUAUUGAAGAAGAGGUAUCCAAAUACCAGGAUUAUAUAAAUGAGUUACAAGAUGCUCUGCCGCAGAAAAUGUUUGCAGCUUCCAGUGGGAUGAAACAUACGAUGAAUACAGUCUAUCCAAGCUCAAACACAUUAGUGGAAAUGACUCUUGGUAUGAAAAAACUAAAGGAGGAAAUGGAAGGAGUUGUUAAAGAGCUGGCUGAGAACAAUCACAUUUUGGAAAGAUUUGGUGCUUUGACUACGGAUGGUGGCCUGCGGAACGUGGACUGUAUCUAGCUUUCAAAGGACCUGAAGAGGACUUGUAAAUUUUUUCAAAGGGAAAAAAAUACUGUUGGGACAUUUAAAGGCAGAUAAUAAAUCUGCAUCCAGGGUGGUUUUUUUUUCCCUCUACAACUGUAGUAUUAAAAAAAUGUAAAUAUGUAUAAUAUGUAAAUAUAAAAUAAAUAUAUAUCUUUUUUUGGUCAAUGUUAGGAUAGAAUUACUCCUGGCAGGGAAUUUAGCCCCUUGGAGGAUCUCUGACGAUGUCCUAAAGGGGGGAAGAGUGUUGUUGAUGAAAUUGACAUU